AUGCUUCGCUACGUUAACGGCAGCGGAAACGGUCACUCGACCAACGGGUCGACUAAUGGGUCAACGGGCAGCAAAGAAUCCUUCACCGUUUUCGUGAGGCACAAUGGCGGUGGUUCUGUUUCGAUGAUCGUGAAGCCGAAUAUGAGUUUUUACAAGUUUGGUGACCAGCUGGACGUUUCUGCCCCCUCCCGCAGCAUCGCCGAGCUGAAACAAGCCGUCAUCAAACGAUUCCCAGCCAUCCAGUCCUACAACUUGCGUCUCCUUUGCGUCAGCAAGGAACUCGAGGAUUCGUGGACUAUCAGCCACUACCCUUUCGUCAGAGAGGGGUCCACCAUCGAUGUGGCGGUCCGAUGCAACGGCGGCAACCAGUGA